AUUGGUAUUGUAGUUCAGCAGCUGUAAUGGUUUGGAGCAUCAUUUAGUAUUUUCCGUUGCCCUUAAGCAAACAAAAACAGUUGUAGAAACAGGUAAACAGAAGCUCCAAAAAUUCUAUGGAAAAGGUGUGGGUGCACAAGGCAAUGGUGGCAGGAGGCAGGUGGUAAUUUAUUACCACAUGUACAAAUAAAUUAAGUGGGACGAGAAUACUACAAAACAACUGACUUUCGUCUUGGCGACGACGGAUGUUACAUUUGCAAGAAACCAAGCAUAAUUUUUAGGCGAUUUUCACGUUACCUGCAAGUUUAAAAAUGAAAAUACAUUUUCGGGAACAGUAUGGAACGAAAGGCGAGGAAAUUUUAUAUGUCACGCCAGCAGACCAGGGCAAUAUUGUCCGCGUGCCGCUGCGUGGGGACAAACCCGUCAUACAUGAGAAGUUUUUCUUAAUUCGGGUUCUGCAGAAUAUUUUCCUGCCCAAGGGGUAUCCGGACAGCGUUAGCGAGGACUAUUUAGCAUAUCAGGUGUGGGACACUGUUCAGGCCUUUUGCAGCACAAUUUGUGGAACACUUUGCACUCACGCUAUUCUUAAAGGCAUUGGUGUCGGCAACGAAAAUGUAAAUGCUUAUUCGGCUACAGUUACAUGGAUUUUAAAGGAGGGAACCGGGCACGUGGGCCGCAUUUUCUUUGCGUGGUGGAAAGGUUGCCAAUUGGAUAUCGAUUCAAAAAAAUGGCGCCUCCGCGCUGAUUUUCUCAACGAUUUGGCAAUGAGCAUCGAAAUCUAUGUGCUUCCCAAAUACCCAAAUCAAUUGAGCACACAAAUACUGUGUAUUUCUACCCUGUUAAAAGCAAUAGUGGGUGUUGCGGGCGGAGCCACACGAUCUGCAUUGACGCAGCACCAGGCAGUGCGCGGUAAUUUCGCGGACGUCGUUUCCAAAGACAACUCACAGGAGACAUGUGUUAACUUGGUGGCGUCAUUUAUUGGCUUGUACCUGCUGUCUGUAAUUAAGAGUGAAGUUAUGCUUUAUAGCAUAUUUUACAUUCUGGUGAUACUCCAUCUAUUGGCAAAUCUAAAGGCCGUCCGAGCCGUUUGCUUACGAACUUUCAAUGAGUCUCGGUAUUUAAUAGCCCUGGAAGAGUACUUCCGAUCAUCACGAAUGCUAACACCACAGCAGGUCAACAUGAUGGAGCGCGUUUCCAUUGGGCAAACAGUGUCUGUGUCGUUGAACAUUCGGCUCGGGCUAAGCGUUAAAACCCUCAUAGAUGAGUACAAGAGUAGCAGUGUUAUUGACGAAAUUGUUUCUUCAUUUGAUCCCCAUGAGCGCUUUAUGAUUGCAGAGAGUAAAAAAUGUUUGGGUGUUUAUUUGCAUUUCGAUACCCGCCCGGAAGAUGUCCUGAAAGCCUAUUUCUUUGCUGUAUCCUAUCUACAGGACAGAAAUCAGAUAAAAGAAAAGUAUUGGGAUAUACAGACAAAGUGGCAGGAGUUUUUAAAUCUAGCACAAAAAGAAGGUUGGCUUAUCAAUCAACAUUUAUUGUUAGUUGACGAGUAUCGAUUAGAUUGGAAGGCUUAAGAGCUGCUUAUGGUGGAACUUGGACCAAAAGCUAAAACGCUUCAGUAAAUUUUUAGUUUCUUUCAAUUGACUUCUCUUGAAAAAUUCUUAUAAGUUUGCUCUGACAGUUUACAUUUCACAUAUCUAUUACAAACCAAACACAAAUAAUGAAUGGUGUUAAAAAGUGCAAAAAUAUAGGUUAGGUAUAAAAGCAAUCUUUUAAAACAUUGGUUUUACAAUACUCAAACCCAGAAACAUGAACAUCUUCCGACUAAUUAUCUAUAAAAAAAACUUCAAGCAAAUGAUGACUUGAAGUAAACUUAAGUUUCUUUUACAUCAUUAAGUUGCCUAUUUAAGACAGAAAGC